GAGCUCUGUACCAGAUGACCGACCCGUUACCAAUUUUAGUACUGCGGGAGAAAAAUCACAGCUUUUACGCGGACUACGAGGAAUGCGGAUACCGUCACGUGACCACUACCUGGCUGGACCCUUACGACGAAAUCUGGGAUAACAACGACAAAACUCUUUUCCGCUUCAGUCUGACGCCAGCCUCUUCAGUAAAGUACAUGGACGUCUACCGUCACUGUCAGCUAUUGAAGUAUGUCCCGUGGCUAGCAGGCGGACUGAUGCUGACCGCCUGGACCAAGUGGCAUGCAAAUGAGGUUAAUGUCUCUCGGGACUUUUUGGUUUCCACACUUGGCGACAUCCGCUCGUGGGCAAUUGA